GAAUUGGAAUAAAAGUCCAAAACAACUAGAAGCCCCCUUCCUCUCCGGGCAUCCGGGCUGAAAGCUCCUCAUUAGGAGGCCAGCAGAGCGCCGGCAAACUGCGGGUCACGUGCGCGAAUUAAGCCCGACCAUCGAGUCAGUCCUCCAGCAUCCCAGAGCGGCCUCGGAAGUGCCCCUGCGACGCGGGUCUUUCCGGCCGGGCAGUUCGCGCUUUUGUCCCGCCGGCGGCCGGGCUCCCGCGGCGCCGCCACAGCCAUGUCACAUUUGAAGACAAGCAUGGAGGAUGAGGACUCAGCUAAAAUGAAUGAAAAUAAUUCAAAUGCAGACUCUCAGUGCCCAAAUGUGGGAAAUUUUCAUAAGCAUCAUAUGCAGAAAUCUAAGAUCACUGACACUUGUGAUUGGGUAGAGAAGCAGUUGGAAAGGCCAAAAUGGAAAAUAAUGAAGGAAGACAAAAGUAGCAUCGGAGAAAAGAUUGACAGACCUAAGUAUACAGCAAAUAUAAAAAUAGAGCAGGAUGGUGAGACAUCUGAGAAAAUUUUGUACUCAAGUACAAAUACCAUGCAUCAGACUAUCCCCACAGAACCAAAAAGUACUGAACAAGGUGAACACAUAGAAAACAUUAAUGGAAGCUUACACCCUACUCCACAGCAGAAUUCUACUGCUGAUAAGAAAUCACAUAAGUGUGAUGAGUGUGGAAAAUCCUUCAAAUAUAAUUCUCGUCUUGUUCAACAUAAAAUUAUGCACACUGGAGAAAAGCGCUAUGAGUGUGACGACUGUAGGGGAACUUUUCGGAGCAGCUCCAGCCUUCGAGUCCAUAAGCGCAUCCAUACUGGGGAGAAGCCCUAUAAGUGUGAUGAGUGUGGCAAAGCCUACAUGUCCUACUCUAGCCUUAUAAAUCAUAAAAGCACCCAUUCUGGGGAGAAGAACUGCAAAUGUGAUGAAUGUGGGAAAUCCUUCAAUUACAGUUCUGUUCUUGACCAGCAUAAAAGGAUCCACACUGGAGAGAAGCCCUAUGAAUGUGGUGAGUGUGGAAAGGCCUUCAGAAACAGUUCUGGUUUGAGAGUCCACAAAAGGAUCCACACAGGGGAGAAGCCCUAUGAAUGUGAUAUUUGUGGGAAAACCUUCAGUAACAGUUCUGGCCUGAGGGUCCACAAAAGGAUCCAUACAGGUGAGAAACCCUAUGAAUGUGAUGAAUGUGGGAAGGCAUUCAUUACUUGCAGAACACUUCUAAAUCAUAAAAGCAUCCACUUUGGUGAUAAACCUUAUAAAUGUGAUGAGUGUGAGAAAUCUUUUAAUUAUAGCUCUCUCCUUAUUCAGCAUAAAGUCAUCCACACUGGUGAGAAACCUUAUGAAUGUGAUGAAUGUGGGAAAGCCUUCAGGAACAGCUCAGGCCUUAUAGUGCAUAAAAGGAUCCACACAGGAGAGAAACCUUACAAGUGUGAUAUCUGUGGCAAAGCAUUCAGCUAUAGUUCAGGCCUUGCAGUCCAUAAAAGCAUUCAUCCUGGAAAGAAAGCCCAUGAAUGUAAAGACUGUGGCAAGUCCUUUAGUUAUAAUUCACUUCUUCUUCAGCAUAAGACCAUUCAUACUGGAGAGAGACCUUAUGUAUGUGAUGUGUGUGGCAAAACGUUCAGGAACAAUUCAGGUCUCAAAGUCCAUCGGAGGCUCCAUACUGGGGAAAAACCAUAUAAGUGUGAUGUAUGCGGGAAGGCCUAUAUCUCACGCUCAAGCCUUAAAAAUCACAAAGGAAUCCACAUGGGGGAGAAGCCCUAUAAAUGCAGCUAUUGUGAAAAAUCUUUCAACUACAGUUCUGCCCUUGAACAACAUAAAAGGAUUCAUACAAGGGAGAAACCCUUUGGGUGUGAUGAGUGUGGAAAAGCCUUCAGAAACAAUUCAGGCCUUAAAGUACAUAAACGGAUUCAUACCGGAGAGAGACCUUACAAAUGUGAAGAAUGUGGAAAAGCCUAUAUCUCACUCUCAAGCCUUAUAAAUCAUAAAAGUGUACACCCUGGGGAAAAGCCCUUUAAGUGUGAUGAGUGUGAGAAAGCCUUCAUCACAUACAGAACCCUUCUAAACCACAAAAAAAUUCAUCUUGGAGAAAAGCCCUAUAAAUGCGAUGUGUGUGAGAAAUCUUUUAACUACACCUCACUCCUUUCUCAACACAAAAGAGUUCAUACCAGAGAGAAACCCUUUGAAUGUGACAGGUGUGAGAAGGUCUUCAGAAACAACUCAAGCCUUAAAGUGCAUAAAAGAAUACAUACUGGGGAGAAGCCCUAUGAGUGUGACAUAUGUGGAAAAGCCUACAUCUCACAUUCAAGCCUUAUUAACCAUAAAAGCACACACCCUGGCAAGACGCCCUAUACAUGUGAUGAAUGCGGGAAAGCAUUUUUCUCAAGCAGAACUCUUAUAAGCCAUAAGAGAGUUCAUCUUGGGGAAAAACCCUUCAAGUGUGUUGAAUGUGGGAAAUCAUUUAGCUACAGCUCACUUCUUUCCCAACACAAGAGGAUCCACACAGGGGAAAAACCUUAUGUAUGUGAUUGGUGUGGGAAGGCAUUCAGGAACAGUUCAGGCCUCACAGUACAUAAAAGGAUCCAUACAGGGGAAAAACCCUAUGGAUGUGAUGAAUGUGAAAAGGCAUACAUUUCACACUCAAGUCUUAUCAAUCAUAAAAGUGUCCACCGUGGAAAGCAGCCCUAUAAUUGUGAAUGUGGGAAAUCGUUCAAUUACAGAUCUGUCCUUGACCAACACAAAAGGAUCCACACUGGAAAAAAGCCAUAUCGAUGUAAUGAUUGUGGGAAGGCAUUUAAUAUCAGAUCAAACCUUACCAAGCACAAAAGAAUCCAUACAGGAGAGGAAUCUUUAAAUAUGGCAAAUAUGGAAAAUCAUAGUGGCACAUUCCAGAAGAGGAUCUACUAUGAGGAAGGGAAUGUUCUAGAUGGGACCAGGAUGCAGAUGCCUAUGUGGGAGGCAGAGCCUGCCAAGGCUGAAAGAAAUCAAAUAGAAGAAAAUCUUUACGAAUUUAAGAAUUUCUAAGGUCCUUUGUCAUGGCUUAGAAUUUUCAUAGUGUGAGUGAAAGAAUUCUAAGUGAUCAUGAGCAAUUCUAUGUGAUUCAGUCAUAGCAAGAACAGUUCUAGUGUCACAAUAGUUGAGCCCUUUAGGAAUAUAAAAUACAACUAUAUAAAACCUUUCAAAGUGAUGGAACAUUUAAAAAAUGUCUGGACAAAAAACUAAAGGUCCUCAGAAAAUCAUUCACUACUACAAAGAUCCUAUUUGAAUAAGUAAGUGAAUAAGAAUGUAGAAAGUCGGUAUAAUUUUGUACUCUAUAAUUUGGUCAGUGGAAAAAUGAUUCAAGAAGGGCCUCCAACAGGCAAAUUCAGGGAGAGGAUGGUUUCAGGGAGUAUCAGUUUAUUAGUAGGUCAUGAAUUAUAGACUUCACAAUAAUGUUUUGUGGUAGGAAGACCACAACUUCUGAAACAAUUUAGAUGUCCUAGGAAAAGAAAAGGCAUAGUCAAAUCUGUGGCAUCAUUACUUUAAAAUGCAUAUUAGUUGGAAUAUACUAUUAUACUAAUUGAACUGGUAAGACUUUAGAGUUUCAAAUGAACCCCCUUAAUAGGUAAUGUAUAUGAUAAGUUAAAACCUGGAAGAUGGCAUUCACAUAUACUGUGAGAAUGGAAAGGAUUUCAGUAUCUUCAGUUAAAUAAUAGAACACAUCUUCAACAUGAAUUUGCACCUUACAGAAAAAAUUCAGGGAAUCCUAUGGAUUAAAAAAAAAAAAAUGUUUCAAAGGAAGGCAUUUUAUUACAAGAGCUAAAUAAGUACCAGUAAUUAAGAAAUUCAUGUUUUAAAAACAAUAUUAAGUGUUUGUGUCAGAAAGUAUUAUAAAAAUUUUAUGUACUACAUACAUGUGUAUAUUGUCUUGUAAAAUAUGAGUAUGUUCAAAACUCGCUUUGCCAUAAAGUCUGAAUAGUUAUGGCAAGGGGGUGGGGGGGGGACAAUAAAUGCCUCAAAUGUAAAUAGGCUGUGACUUAUUUUAGAUGUACAAAUACAGAGAUCCAUUUGUGUGUUA